GUAUAUACUGGCUUCUUUUGGAUGACCUCACACCUUCACCACAGUCACUGCUCACCCUGUAUGCUCAAUGGUCCCCCUGGAUCCAUCACCAUGCUCCCUACGGCCCCCCUCCUGACCCUCCUCACUGUACUAUGUUAUAUGAUCGCUGGGACAUCAGCACUGAUUAUUAUCACAGAUGGACAGAUGAGGCUGUGGGGACCUGGGACCUGUCUGGCUCUGGCAUUGUUUUGGGCCCCCAAGGUGUGGCUGCUUUGAUUGACUUAACCCCAGAACAGUUAUCCUUUUAUGAAAUGUCUCCUUCUGCAGCACCUCAUGUCACUCUGGCAGUCAGUCCUGCUCAUUCUGCUAAAGAUUUAGGCCCUAUGUGUAAGCAGGCCUCAGAUGCUUCUGACUGGGUAAACACUCAGCUGCCCCAGGUUUUGUUUUCUCCCUCCACCUCACUGUACAAAAUCUGUUCCCUCACUCAGGACAAAGCUACACCUGAAACUCUCCUUUUGGACAGACAGCAUGGCCGUGAAAAAACUGACCAUCCACAUAAAGAUUUCCUUUGCUCCACUCUGCCCUCUUCCCUGUGGGCUGAGGGGCCUGGUGAUGUGGGGACCCCUAUGAAAGUGUCCCCUGUCACCUUCGACUAUGAGUCCCCCAAACCUGUCUUUCGAGCUCAAUAUCCCAUUUCUGAUCUCAAAGCUAAACAGGUUAUUUAUCCUACCUCUUCUCCCUGGAACACUCCUAUUCUUCCUGUCCCCAAACCAGGAACUGACAUUUUCAGAAUGGCUCAUGACCUCAGACUCAUUAAUCAGAUAACCAAAACCAAACCACCAGCAGUCCCUAAUCCUUAUACCUGCCUAAACUCCAUCACCUCCCAGUUCCAGUUUUUCUCUGUCAUUGAUCUGAAGAAUGCUUUCUUUCACAUUCCUCUCCACCCAUCAGUUCAACCUCUCUUUGCUUUCACCUUCGAAGGACAGCAAUACACUUAUCGUGUUCUUCCUCAGGGCUGGGUCCUGAGCCCUGGGAUCUUUAACCAAUGUCUCAGAACUUUUCUGGAGGACCUGGAUAUUCCUCUAGACGCACAGAGCCCCAUAUCACCUUUGAGAGCACCCGUUCAAAUGCUGCUGAGGCCUUCCCUGAAGGAGAACCACAUGACUGUGUGCCCAGAGUUAAUUCUCUUUCAUCUUUUCGCCCUGGCUUGUAUGCCACACCUCUUUCUGAUCCUGAUCUCUCACUCUUCACAGAUGGUUGUUGUGGUCCAAGAUGCUGUGGUUGACAAAAAGUAUUCUCUUCCACUGCCUUAUUCAGCUCAGUUUCCCCUUCUGGAUGUCCAGCCCCUGCUGGACUUUGAUGACCCCCUGGAUGGAGAACUGUCAGAAGAGGACACAGAGGUUUGA